AUGACUAUUUCUGUCCCAAACAUCAAACUUAACUCGGGCUAUUUGAUGCCCCAAGUUGGGUUCGGCCUGUGGAAAGUUAACAAAGAUACUUGUGCCGAAACAGUUUAUGAAGCCAUAAAAUUUGGAUAUAGGCUUUUCGAUGGCGCAGCUGACUAUGGCAAUGAAAAGGAAGUGGGACAAGGCAUCGCCCGUGCAAUCAAAGAGGGCAUUGUCCAGCGUGAAGACCUCUUUCUGGUUUCAAAACUCUGGAACUCUUUCCAUGACUCCGAUAAAGUGAAACCGGCUGCUAUGAAACAGCUGAAGGACCUUCAGAUUGAUUACUUUGAUUUAUAUAUUGUACAUUUUCCCGUGGCGCUUAAGUGGGUUGACCCAGAGGUUCGAUACCCCCCAGGGUGGUAUUACGACGGCAAAUCGGAGGUUCAAAUAAGUAAUGCUUCAACUCAAGAGACAUGGUCAGCAAUGGAAAAGCUAGUAGAAGAAGGUCUGACACGUAGUAUUGGUAUAUCCAAUUUUCAGGGCUCUUUGAUAUUAGAUCUUCUCCGAUACGCAAAGAUCCGUCCAGCUACGCUACAGAUCGAGCACCAUCCAUAUUUAGUCCAGCCAACUUUACUUAAACUUGCCAAGGCAGAGGGUAUUGCUGUUACUGCCUAUUCAUCCUUUGGUCCUCAGUCUUUUCUCGAGCUAGAUUUCCAGAAAGCUAAGGAGACCCCUGUACUAAUGAAGCACCAAGCGAUUACAAAACUGGCCACGAAGUAUUCGAAGACACCUGCACAGAUUCUACUUCGAUGGGCAACGCAACGAGAUAUAGCCGUCAUACCUAAAAGCAAUCGGCUGUCCCUCAUGGAGGAAAAUCUUGAUGUUACUGGAUUCGAUCUUACGCCAGAAGACCUUCAAAGCAUAAGUGCCUUGGACUGCAACUUGAGAUUCAACAAUCCCACUGAUUACCUUGGUACCCUUCAUAUUUUUGCUUAG